AUGGGCGGUGGUGGUCAAGUAGAUACAGAAGUUUCAUCGAACGCAAACGUAGCAUUGUAUACCCUAUUCUCAGUCGGAGGUCUCGUCGCAGGAGGAAUUGUAAAUAUCAUUGGGCCAAGAAUAGCAAUGGCUAUCGGCGCUAGUACUUAUGCAUUAUAUGCCGGUUCUUUAUUGAGUUAUAAUCAUAAUCAAAACAAAGGAUUUGUUAUCUCUGCUGGCGCAAUACUUGGACUUGGCGCAGCGUUGGUAUGGACUGGUCAAGGUGCAAUUCUAACUUCAUAUCCUUCAGAACGAAAUAAAGGAAAAUAUAUUGGAAUUUUCUGGGCAAUAUUCAAUACAGGUAAAGAUUUAGCUUUGGCAGAUGUACUUCGCUCCGGUGCUGUUCUAGGUUCCAUCCUUCCACUUGCUUUAAAUUGGUCUUCAACAGCUGGAUCAGUCAAUGACGGGACUUAUAUCGGUUUCCUCGUCUUGAUGAUUUUUGGUUCAAUUUCGGCCCUUGCACUUCUUCCACCGAGCCGAGUAUUUCAUCAGGAUGGACAUCCGGUGCAAGUACAAAAAUUUCCAACAUGGAAAGCUGAAACUAUUGAAGUAGCUAAAUUGUUUUUAGAUUGGAGGAUGAUUGCUUUAUCGCCAAUGUUUUUGGCUAGUAAUUGGUUUUAUGCUUACCAGUUCGACGAUGUAAACGCUGCCUACUUCAACGUGCGAACACGUGCUUUCAAUAAUUUAUGGUACUGGUUCUGUCAAAUUAUUGGCGCCACGGUGUUCGGAUUAUUUCUAGAUGCCGCAUUUCUAACGCGUUCCAUGCGAGCUCUUUACGGACUUUUCAUAAUGUCUUUAUUCAUUAUGGCGACUUGGAUAGGAGGACUUGCAUUCCAAUUAAAAUACGCAAGAGGCGAUAAAAUAAAUAGAGACCUUUUUGAUUCUGGGUAUGGUGGCGAGUUGCUUUUAUAUAUGGUUUAUGGAUUGAAUGAUGCGAUGUUUCAGUGUUAUGCAUAUUGGAUAAUGGGUGCAUUGACUAAUGAUACGAGUAAAUUGUCGCGAUAUAAUGGUUUCUAUAAAGCAAUACAAUCAGCGGGUGCAGCAAUAUCAUGGCGAAUUGACGCUGUAGGAACAGCAUACCUCCCGCAACUACUUAUAUGUUGGGUGUUACUUAUUUUUUCCAUAAUUGGUACGUUUGCUGUUGCUAUAAAAGUCAAAGACACGAAUUAUGAUUCAGAAGGGGUCGUUGAUAACGAGAUAAUAUCCAUUUGA